CAACAUAACCUAGGUCUCACCACACUUAAUAGUUCGGUUUCAUCCCAAUGAGAUGCUUACGAAGCGGAAUGGUGUUGUCUCGUGUAGGACGUGUGCGUCUUUUCUCCACACCCCAGUUAACCGAGUCGCCCCUCCACAAAGACCAGGAAACAACAGCGUCCUGCAGUGCAGCUACCGAGGCUGCGGUGCAUAUUGAUGCCAAGGCUGCCGAACAAAUUCGAAUUGCUACUGAAAUCGGUGAGGAAGGUUUCGAAGAAAAUAUCAAAAUUCUUAAACAAAUGUUUCUGCGAGGGUUGCGGGCCUUUUUAAUUUUCAUGCUUGGCUUAGGGGCGUUCUUUUAUUCAAAGAAGCGCCUUGACAGGCGCACGACGAAAAGAGAAGCAAUUGAGGGCUAA